UCAUCUCUCGCUUUCCCUGCAUUCCAUAUUUCCAUCUACACGUUUAUAUGCUGCCAACAGCCGGUCAUCUCGAAUUCGGUGUAGCGGUUUUCUUGCUGCCCAUCGGCGGAGUGUUUUUUUUUUUCGUUUUAUUUGGACGGGGCUUUGGCCGGCGGACAAUCUGAUACCACUCCUACUACAUUAGUGCAUGAUUUUUGUGAGACAUAGAUUCUUAUUAAAGCACGCCUGUUUUUAAUUAUGGUUUCAUAUCACAUGAUGACAUUAUAAUGGAGUAAUUGUUGGAUAAAGACAUACUUUUUCCUCUCGAGCCCCAAACCUCGUCCUAACGAGAUGGAAUACACGUUGAGAUUUCAAACGAAGAGUGAGGGAGAGAGUAUCUGUUUCCUGUUAACAUAAUUUCUUAUUGCCUCUCAAUGUUUGUUUCUUUUGGGUUCGUUCAACAUUCAACAGGAAGCCUUACACCUGUUCUGUUCAAGACGGCAGGUGUUGGUGUUUCGGUUGCAAUAGAGUGAUUGGGGAAACUGAUCAGCCAGAAUUGUUGGUCAACCGAUGGGAAGCAAUGACCCUAACACACCCUCGAAGGCUUCAAAGGCGUCAGAACAAGAUCAACCUCCAGCUACCACCACAUCCAGUGGAACAGCUUCAGUGUACCCUGAAUGGCCCAGCUUUCAGGCCUACUCAGCAAUUCCACCGCAUGCGUUCUUCCCCCCUACCGUUGCUGCAAAUCCACAGGCCCAUCCAUACAUGUGGGGGGCUCAGCCCAUAGUGCCACCUUACGGGACACCGCCACCACCACCUUAUGUGAUGUAUCCACCUGGAACAGUAUAUGCCCAUCCCUCUACACCUCCUGCCAUGCAUCCAUUUGGCCAUUAUCCUAUGCCAACAAAUGGGCAUGCUGAAACUCAUGGAGCUGCGCCAAGCGCUCCGGAAAUGAAUGGGAAAAGCGAGCCUGGCAGAACGUCUGCUCCAUCCGCCAACGGGAUUACCUCGCACAGUGAGAGUGGAAGCGAGAGUGAGAGCGAAGGAAGUGACGACAAUUCUCAAAACGAUUCACACUCAAAGGACAAUGAUGGGAAGGAAGAUGGCAAUUCUCAGAACGGCAUGUCUUAUUCAGGAUCGCAAGGAGUGGUAAACCAAACCAUGGCGAUGCUUCCAAUGCAACCGGGUGCAAUGGUCGGAGGAGUUCCUAGCUCCACGGCAGCUAACCUGAAUAUCGGAGUGGACUACUGGGCAGCUCCGGGUUCUGCGGCUGUCCCCGCAGCGCACGGCAAAGCGCCAGCUGGUUCAGCUCGAGGAGACCAAUGGGAUGAAAGGGAGCUCAAGAAGCAGAAGCGGAAGCAGUCAAACAGAGAGUCCGCUCGCAGAUCCCGGCUGCGCAAACAGGCUGAGUGUGAGGAGCUUGGGCAACGUGCUGAGGCUCUGAGGUCGGAGAACUCGUCGCUGAGGGCCGAGCUCGAGCGGAUCAGAAAGGAGUACGAACAGCUACUUUCACAGAACGCUUCCCUAAAGGAAAAGCUGGGGGCUGCCAGUAGUGAUUCGCUUCCUGAUAUGAACGAACAGAACGACGGCGACGGAGACGGCGGCUACAGGAAGCAGCCUGAUUCCGAUGGCCACCAGCCUGGGAGCGAGUCCUGACCCGUUUUUAGCUCAGGAUUCUUUUGGAAUGCACAUUGCUUAUAUAUUCAUUCUCUUGAACGUUGUGGAACGCAGCAUAGGAAGGAAAUCCAACUUUAAUUAGAAUCGAUUCGCUGUCA